AUGAUAAGAACAACAAAAUAUUUCGAUGCAUUAUCGACUCAACCAACAGUUCCACCAAUUAUCCUUCGAAAACCAGUUCGAAUUGUUAAAGCUGUACAACGUUCGGCACAAUCACCAUCAAUAAAUGAUUUAAAAACAUCUGUCUCGACAAAAAUGAAUUGUGAAAAUGAUUUAAAACCAUUGCCAUUACCAUAUUCAAAUGAAUUAAUAUUAAAUAAUCAACAUCAUCGUAGUUCAGAUUAUAUAAAAGAUUUAUUUCCAAUACCUAAUCAUCUUAAACGUAAGCGUUCAAUACAAAAUUCCGAAACAAAUAGUAUGAACAAUAUACAAACAAUGUUAAAUAAUAAUAUUCGACAAACGGAAGAUUUAUUAUUAAAUGUAAAAAAGACUUUAGAAACAUUACAAGCAAACCAAAGUAUUAUCAAUGACGAAAUUGAAAUAAAUACAACACUUGGUAUAAAAUUAAUUAAUAUAAUUGAAUCAAAAGCUGAAUUAAAUGAAACUGAAAAAGUUAAAUUACAUAUCAGUGAAAUCGAUACAAUUACAUCAAUUCUUCUCAAACUUAGUAGCCGAUUGGCUAAAGUUGAAAAUGAUUUAUUGAUGAUUACAGAUGAUAAUAUUCAUACAAAAGCAAGUUUACUUGAACGACGUGAAAAGAUUCAAGAAAAACAUAACGAAGCAAAAUCAUUAAAAGAUGGUAUUGAUCGACGUAGUCGUUUAGUAACAAAUAUUCUUCGAAAAUAUUUUUCUGAUGAACAAUAUGAUGAUUAUGAUCAUUUUAUACGAAUGAAAUCUGCAUUAUUAAUUGAUGCAAAAGAUCUUGAAGAAAAUAUUGCAUUUCUUCAAAAACAAAUUGAAAUAUUACAUAAUACAUCAUCAUCAUCAUUAUCAUCAUCACCAUCAUCAUUAUCAGUUGUAAAUAAUCAACAAUAUUCAUCAACAUCAUCCAUAUCUCUUUUUGAAAAUUUACAAAGAUCAAAUUCAACAAGUUCAACAUCAAAUAAAGUUGAUAAUUUACAAACAAACUAUUUUAAUACUAUUUCGACCACGGCCUAG